AUGAAGGAGCCACCUUUUCGUUUGAAAUUAACUCAUAUAGUAGCAAGUGGCGAACUGAUACUGGGUGCACGUGGAUCGCAUAUGGUAGGUGAUGGAGCUUCGUUAUUGAAGUUUUUAAAUACUAUCUCGCGUAUCUAUCAACAAAUGGAACCAGCCGAACCAUUACCUAUAUAUGAGCGACGUCUAUGGAGCAGCGAUGAAGGUGAUCAAUCUUUGUUACCGAUGUUAAAAUACUUAAGUGAUUGUCGUCUUACAGAAGAAGUUUUAAAACAAGUGAUGGACGAUCAAAAACUAUGUGAUCAAGUUAACAUACAUUUCUCAGAUAAACAACUUCGCAAACUACGCCUACUAGCCGGCUUCAAUGAUAUAACCAUCCAAGAUGCACUCACUGCUUACAUCAUUUUAACACUUAAUAUCCAUUGUUAUUCGAAUGAAGAUCCACAAUAUAUUCUACGCACAAGUACAUUCGUCAAUAUUCGAGGUGUUUCAGAUUCGAUCGCUCCAGCUGGUCUUGUUGCUAAUGGCAUCUUUAUUAUGUUGUCCGAUGAUUUCGUUGAUCCACUAUCGUUCUCGAAUAUUACAAAAACGAUUCGCCAAUCUAUUGUUUGA